GACUGAGGAUGCCUGGUGUCUGGUUAGGACUGCUUAUGAUGACUGAGGAUGCCUGGUGUCUGGUUAGGACUGCUUAUGAUGACUGAGGAUGCCUGGUGUCUGGUUAGGACUGCUUAUGAUGACUCUGAGGAUGCCUGGUGUCUGGUUAGGACUUCUUAUGAUGACUGAGGAUGCCUGGUGUCUGGUUAGGACUGCUUAUGAUGACUCUGAGGAUGCCUGGUGUCUGGUUUGGACUUCUUAUGAUGACUGAGGAUGCCUGGUGUCUGGUUAGGACUGCUUAUGAUGACUGGGGAUGCCUGGUGUCUGGUUAGGACUUCUUAUGAUGACUCUGGGGAUGCCUGGUGUCUGGUUAGGACUGCUUAUGAUGACUGGGGAUGCCUGGUGUCUGGUUAGGACUUCUUAUGAUGACUCUGGGGAUGCCUGGUGUCUGGUUAGGACUGCUUAUGAUGACUGAGGAUGCCUGGUGUCUGGUUAGGACUGCUUAUGAUGACUGAGGAUGCCUGGUGUCUGGUUAGGACUGCUUAUGAUGACUGAGGAUGCCUGGUGUCUGGUUAGGACUGCUUAUGAUGACUGAGGAUGCCUGGUGUCUGGUUAGGACUGCUUAUGAUGACUGAGGAUGCCUGGUGUCUGGUUAGGACUGCUUAUGAUGACUGAGGAUGCCUGGUGUCUGGUUAGGACUGCUUAUGAUGACUGAGGAUGCCUGGUGUCUGGUUAGGACUGCUUAUGAUGACUCUGAGGAUGCCUGGUGUCUGGUUAGGACUGCUUAUGAUGACUGAGGAUGCCUGGUGUCUGGUUAGGACUGCUUAUGAUGACUGAGGAUGCCUGGUGUCUGGUUAGGACUGCUUAUGAUGACUGAGGAUGCCUGGUGUCUGGUUAGGACUGCUUAUGAUGACUGAGGAUGCCUGGUGUCUGGUUUGGACUGCUUAUGAUGACUCUGAGGAUGCCUGGUGUCUGGUUUGGACUUCUUAUGAUGACUGAGGAUGCCUGGUGUCUGGUUAGGACUGCUUAUGAUGACUCUGAGGAUGCCUGGUGUCUGGUUAGGACUGCUUAUGAUGACUCUGAGGAUGCCUGGUGUCUGGUUUGGACUGCUUAUGAUGACUGAGGAUGCCUGGUGUCUGGUUUGGACUUCUUAUGAUGACUGAGGAUGCCUGGUGUCUGGUUAGGACUGCUUAUGAUGACUCUGAGGAUGCCUGGUGUCUGGUUAGGACUGCUUAUGAUGACUCUGAGGAUGCCUGGUGUCUGGUUUGGACUGCUUAUGAUGACUGAGGAUGCCUGGUGUCUGGUUUGGACUUCUUAUGAUGACUGAGGAUGCCUGGUGUCUGGUUUGGACUGCUUAUGAUGACUCUGAGGAUGCCUGGUGUCUGGUUUGGACUGCUUAUGAUGACUCUGAGGAUGCCUGGUGUCUGGUUAGGACUGCUUAUGAUGACUGAGGAUGCCUGGUGUCUGGUUAGGACUGCUUAUGAUGACUCUGAGGAUGCCUGGUGUCUGGUUAGGACUGCUUAUGAUGACUCUGAGGAUGCCUGGUGUCUGGUUAGGACUGCUUAUGAUGACUGAGGAUGCCUGGUGUCUGGUUAGGACUGCUUAUGACUGGAACCAGGCUCUCUGUGACUUUGACUUGAAAGGUAAAUCCGAUUUGGUGGUGGCGGGAGGAGACAAAAGUGUUGAUACUGAACUCUACCAAGACACAUCUCAUACUGUCCCAGGUGACAGGGCAAAGGGUCAGAAUAGUUAUCGGAUGAGAGGCAGAAGAGACAGUUAUUUUUGGAAGUUAUCUGUCUGGAUUUAAGGAGGGACUAUAUUGUGCAAAUAACAAUCCAUUGGAUUUUAUUACAGACCUUAUAUCUUUACGAUUUUGGGCCAAAGUCUAAUAUAUUCUGCAAUGCAUAAGUUAAUAAGGAUAUGUGACAAUUCUGCAACCUGUAGCUAUUCAAGAACAGGUCUCCUUUUCCUGGGUCUAAACUGACUGAGAUUUUUCCUUUCUACUCCAACUACCAUUGUUGCAUCCGAUCACGCCCCUGUUCUUUCCAGCUGACGUGUUUGGCCGGGGGGACAUCCAGCCCCAGCUGGACAAUGCCAUGCAGGACAUCAGUGAUAAGUACCUGCUGCUGGAGGAGACGGAGAAGCAGGCGGUCAGGAAGGCCCUGGUGGAGGAGAGGAGCCGCUUCUGCACCUUCGUCUCCAUGCUGAGGCCAGUUGUGGAAGAGGAGAUGUCCAUGUUGGGGGAGAUCACUCACCUGCAGACCCUCACUGACGACCUGAAGGCUCUGACCAUGGAUCCGCACAAGCUGCCCCCCACCAGCGAGCAGGUCAUUCUGGACCUGAAGGGAUCUGAGAGCAGCUGGUCCUACCAUACCCCUCCUUCCUCCCCCAGCACCACAGCAUCCAGGAAGUCCAGCAUGUGCAGUAGUCUGAACAGCGUCAACAGCAGCGACUCUCGCUCCAGCGGAUCUCACUGCCACUCCCCCACCUCCCACUACCGCUACCGGAGCUCCGCCCUCCCUCAGCAAGGCCCCGCCCGCCUCUCCAGUGUCUCCUCCCAUGACUCUGGCUUCAUCUCCCAGGAUGCCUACCAGUCCAAGUCUCCCUCGCCCAUGCCCUCUGAUACCAACCCACAGACCUCUGGCUCUUCAUCCUCGGCCGUCUCUGAAACUUGCCAGCCUGUCAGUGAGGGCAGCUGCUCCUCCUCCUCCUCCUCCUCACCUGCCUCCUCUAAGGAGACCUGCUCCAGCACUAGGGUGGAACAGCUGUCAAACGUGCACGAUCAUCAACAUCACGGGCCCUCCACCGCCCUCUAUCUGUCAGGCGGGGGCAUGCAGGAGGUCUACCCCGACCUCCCUCCAUCCUCCCCCUCCACCCCCCUCGCCUCAUCCUCCUACUCUCCCACCUCCCCCGUGUGGGCAUGGUCGAGACCAGGUUCUGCCCUCCUGGUGGACUACCCCCCCUAUUGCGCCCUGGGGCCGGGCAUGAUCCCCUCCUCCAAGGUCCCCACCUGGAAGGACUGGGCCAAGCCGGGGCCCUAUGACCAGCCCAUGGUGAACACCCUGAGGAGGACCAAGGAGAAGAGGGAGACUCCAAAUCCCAGCAGCCCCCAGGCCACCACACCAGGGGACGAGCCCCAGAGAGCCAAGGGAACCAAUGCAGUCACAACAGCCAAGCAGGAGGAGGCGGAGGCCCAUGAGGAACUGGCCCUGGCUCUGGCCCGCGGGUUGCAGCUGGAUAUCCAGCACUCCAGCAGGGACUCCCUGCAGUGCUCCAGUGGCUACAGCACCCAGAACACCACACCCUGCUGCUCUGAGGACACCAUACCCUCACAAGUGUCCGACUACGACUACUUCUCCGUGGGUGGUGACCAGGAGACGGACCAGCCCGACUUCAACAAGUCCUCCACCAUCCCCCGCAACAGUGACAUCAGCCAGUCCUACCGCCGCAUGUUCCAGGCCAAGCGGCCAGCCUCCACAGCGGGCAUCCCCCCCACAGCCCCCUCCCCCGGCAGUAUUGUCACCCCCGGGGUGGCCACCAUCCGCCGCACGCCCUCCUCCAAGCCCAACCUGCGGCGAUCCUCCGGAGGCCUGGGUCUGGGCCCCAUCCCCAUCAAGCCCCCCAUGAUCCCUGUCAAGACGCCCACUGUUCCCGAGCACCCCGGGUUGUUCUUCAGAGGAGAGAGCGAGGGAGGGGGACCGCUGAGCCCACUCUCUUCAGCGGGGGACAACGGCUUGGUGUCUCCCAAGGCACCCUGGGAUGCUCAGGCCUCCUCCGAUCCACCCACUCCCCCACCUCAGCCUGGUAGUAGGCUGUCAGAGUGGGACCGUGAGGCCCUGCCGGAGGUUCAGGAGGAGGAGCCUGGCUGCGGUGAGGGGGAAGAUGUGCUCUUGGCCAUACGGCGAGGGGUCAAGCUGAAGAAGACGACGUCCAACGACCGGUCGGCUCCGCGAAUAGUGUGAGAGGCUUAGAGUGCGAGGUUGGGCUUCCCCUCAAUGUAGCAGAUUCAAUCAGCUACAUACAGUAACUCAGUGUCUUCGCCCUAUAGGUUUAAGAAAAGGGUGGGAGUCUAGAUGCGUGAAAAUAUGCACGAAAGGAGGGGAGGAGGGAACGGACUGACAACUGCUUUGACUAUUAUCAGAUCUUUUAUUUGUAUGUACAUAUUUAUAUUUUGAUGCGUUUGUAUGUUUUGCGUUCGAUGCUCCUCUUCGUACUUUCUCCUUUUGCCCGUACAUUGUCAUGAAAGGUGCCAAAAGGCUUCGAGCUGAAUUAACUUAAAUGACUUUAUUUUACUGAAUAGGAUUAAUAAUUUUUGUGAAAACACAUAGAAGGUAUAGCAACAACAACAAACAUUCAUGGAGAUAGAAAUACAUACAAGGUAAGAUUGUGUGCAGAAAAGGAGUACAUAAGAAAAUAACCACAAUGGAAAUCGGUAUUUUACUUUUCUGUAAUAGAUCAAAUAUUUGCUAUUUUCUUUUACCAAUGAAAAAUGUAGAAAUGGGCAUGUUCUACUGCAAUUAAUUGCACCCCAAUAAAUUAGACUCCAAAAGAAUGAGAACAAAUAUGUUUAAAUACAUCCCACUAUCAAUAGGAAGCUUCUUAGUCAACAAAGGACACAAGGACCUGCAAUCCUUAACAAUCUACUCAGUGGUUAUCAACGGGUGUGACAUAAUUUGUCAAUAGUAAUAUGUUGCACAGGUUUCUACCUUGAAUGCAACUCUGGUGUCAGUGGAAGCACUCAUUGAUUGGUGGCUAUAGAAUAGAAAUCUUUUUUAAUUUCAUGUUUUUCUCUAUAAUUAGAGAAGAAAGUUCCCAUUAUGCUGAGAUUUAUCAUUUAUUUCAAUACAAGUGAUGCUGUGCUAAAUGUCAUACAGAGGAUUCAUACGCAAAUGUAAAUGGAAAACGUAAAAAGUGCUCGUCCUGCUGUGAAAAUACUAGUACUCUGUGAAAGCUAUUCUAGUGGUGAUCACUGGUAACUACAACUCAUUCGAACACGGUAAACUAAUAGUAUUAGUAAAUGUUUAAAAAAAAGAGUUGGAAAGGUUACAAAGUCGAGUUUGUGUUAGCUUGUGUUCAGCACCGUCAGCUGAAGGAAGUCAGAAUUCACUAUUGCGACUACCUAAAGUAUUUCACAAGAUGACAUGGCCUAAUAUGUAUAGACACCCAAAAUGUUCUUUUUCCACUAUUUCUCACGAACGCCAUACUUUAGUUAGUGGUGUGUAAGUUGUAGCGCAGGGGUACUGUCAAACAUAAUUUCAAGACAACCCAUUAAACUAAAUAGAGUAAUGCAUGUUAUUUUACAUUUUUUACUCAUAAGUGUCAAAGCUCGUUUUUAUACUGAACCUAUUUAUCCCAACACAUUUCCCCCAUUUAAGAGCAGUUGUACUUUCUGCAUAACGACUGAAGUCUGAUUAUUUUUCCAUUCAAGACAGGGGAAACUAAAGAUAGGUAACAGGGGAAACUAAAGUGUGGCCGAUGCAACAAUAUGCACAUGACGCUAAAAAUCCUGUAUAGCUCCUGACUCAAUUAUUCUAUACAAUGGUCUGAUAGUCCAUGUAAAACUUAGCUGUAAUAUACUGUAGUUCCCCCGUUGAUGUAGCGAUACGUUGCCAAAUCUUAUGUAUGCUAAAUGGUUAGAAGUAAUAAGUUUGUUUUUGGUCAUGGUAAAAGACUCACUCCUUGUAAAUACAAGGUUUUGUCCCAAUGGGCUGCAACAGUUUCCUUUCCUUCAUGGCCAGAUGCAAGAGGUCUUAGCCUACUCAUAUAUGACAGGUAAAAGUAAUAUGAUGUAAACUGUUCAUCUUGAAGUUCAUUGACGAGGGAAAAGAGGCAAUGAAAGGAGCAUUGGGACACAGAUUGGCAUACACUUUAGUACUCUAGCCUUGCAAGUCUGUUGAUGACCUAGAGACAUGUUUGGACAGAGUUCACCUCUUUCUGUACCACUGGCGUUCUAAGAUAAUUGUUCAGUUCCUGAAUUCUGUCUCCCAUUUUCUAUGUAACAGUUGUUUCAGCUAAAAAUAAAGAUGUAGCAGAGUGUAAGUCUGUUGAAAAAGGUU